AGAGAAGGAAGAAAAGAGUUAAUGGGAACCAGAAGCAGAAGUCACAUGUCUGAGGAAGUGUUCGGCAUAGUGGGCCCACCAUUCCCCCUUGCAGUGAGUGAGUGCUACAAACAAGAAAAAAAAAAAAGUAAACAAUGGCAACCAGCUCAUAACAUUACAUUGCUUUCUCCAUCAUCUCAUCUCUUUCCUCCAUCCACAAAUCCAACCCAAUCCAAUCCAAUUAGGGUUCCUUAAAUCUUCAUUUCGUGUUAUCACCAACAUACAUACAUUCAUACGGCCCCACCCACUUUCCUUCAUACGUGGCUUACGUUAUACGCGCAAUCCCUUUCUACUGUUUAUCAUCCUUUUCCAUCCUUUGCACUUGCAGCAGAUUGCAAUUUGCAUGCUCCCAACUUCAGUUUUCACUUUCAUUACAUGCAGGCAGAGGGUCUAGACAAUACCAUAAUUUAUUUACCCAUCAGACACAGCAAGCUUUGAUCUGGGCUUUCAAGAAAGUUCCAAUCUUUGCUUACUCGUUACAAUUCAAGGCAUACCAGUUCAUUAUAACUAAACAUAUGUGACCACUUUGGAAUAUAUCGUCUACUAUCAUAGUCCGAGAUGAUGGAUAAUGCAAUUGUGCAUAGGAAGAUUGUUGUCAAAGAUGAAUAUCGACAACAUGUCUCAAACGACGAUUUCGAAUCAUCGAAAGAAGAUUGUGUGUCUACGGUAUCGGUAACUGAGCCUUCAAGUGUUAACAGUUUACAUAUUAGUGAUUUUUGCGCACACAAGUUGUUUCUUCAACAAAUAUCCGUCUUAAAGAAGAUGAUUCCAAAGCAGAUUAUGACUCUUGAAGAAAAAUACAUUCGUCAUUGCCUUGAGUUGAUUCAUAUGAGCACUAUGAGAGAAAAUUCAUGUUCGGUUUCAUCAAAAGUCAACUUUUUUCCCGAUAGAUUUAGUUCAAGAGUAGUUGGUGGUGAUGGUUUGUUAUUAUUUUCAUCUGGAGACGAAAAUGUAGCCAUAAGCUCGUCUGUAAAACCGAUUGUCGGUUCGAUUACGGGAAGCAGAAGCAUGAUAAAUCUUAUGAACAGUCCGUUACUACGCCGGUUAACUGCCUCUGAAAAUAAUAAUAUCAGGUAUGAAAACCCGAGUGUGACGGAAGCUAGCGAGUCUUUAUGUGGUGGUUCAUCGCAGGACGUAGAAAAGAAACGGAUAGUAUCCGGAGAUCACGUUUUUCGAAGUGAUCCCAUGCAUAAGCGGCUUGUUUCGUUCUCAAGCACAAACUCCACUUCAUCAUCAUCAUCGUCAUCAACGACUUCUUCAUCUUCGGGUGCAUACAGUCAUGGAAUGCUUCAUUGCUCAUGGAACAACGGAUUCCCUCGUUAUGUUCUCUCCGUUGAAGACCAGAGAGAAGUUUACACAACGAAUCUUAUAAAAACCGAUUCGGGUUACGUUUACAUGUUUUAUUCUAGAUCUGGAAAAAGGGAAAAUGAAAUAAUCGAUGACGAGGCAGAUCUCGUCGGUAAAUUGAGAGUUUCUACGUCUUUCACACUGUGUCCACUUGGAACGGAAAUUAUGGAGAGUCGGUUUAUUUUAUGCGCUACCGGUCAUGGUCAUCACACGGAAGGGGGCACGCAUACGCCAAAUCCAAUGACGGUUAAAAAGACCACCGGGCUGUCAAAGAAAGUCGCAAGUAUUUUACGAGGAAAUCACUCUUAUAGACAGAGGACUUUGUCUAAGUUCGAUGGGUCGGUUGCACAACAAGACGGUUUGUUACCGUCAAAUGAAGACGGAAAUCUCUUUCCCGCAAACCUUGAGUUAGCCGCUAUCAUUGUGAAAGAUCAUAUUCCAUGUAAAAAGGUAGAACAAGUUGGAGGGUGGGGAUUAAAGUUUCUCAAAGAGCAAAAGGCUGCAGCAGCUCCGGUGACGCAAUCCGCACCUUGUGAAGCUUGUAGACACGAUUCCGAUCGUCAUUCCAUUAGCAUGGAUGUUGUUGUCCCAGCAGGGUUUCACGGUGGGCCUCGAACGAAAAACGGAGGCCCGUCUGGGCUUGUUGAAAGAUGGAGAAGCGGCGGCGCUUGCGACUGUGGUGGCUGGGAUAUCGGUUGUCCGUUAACACUACUUAGUUCCGGGCCGAAUAACAAAGAUGGGUUGUACCAAGAUGGCGUUUUCGGGAAGAGUAAUAGAUUUGAAUUAUUUACACAGGGAAGCGUGGCGGUUAUAGAAGUGACGAAUGUGCAUGAUGGUUUGUAUUAUAUCCAUUACCAAUCGACGCUGUCCUCUCUGCAGUCUCUUUCGAUUGCUGUGGCGAUAAUUCACAGUCACAGUCCCGCCUUGAAACCUAAAUUAUUAUAUAGAAACACAUGAUUAGAAUUAAGUUAUACUUGGAUUGGUUUGAGAUUAUGUUGUUGGAAAGCAAAGGUGAUUUGUAAAUUCGGAUCUCUUGUUUGUAGUAUCGAAAAUAUGAGUUAUCGUGUAAGCAUAAACAUAGACACUUAUUUUUGCCCUUUCUUCAGCCUGGAAGAUGAUUUUUAGUAUAAAGUUAGUUAAAAUGGUAUGAUCAUGCCUUUUGUUGCAUGUUUGUGAUUA